AUUUUUUGUGGCAAAUUCUAUUUUGGAUUGAUCUUUAGAUCAUUCGUUUUAGACGUUUCUAACGUUCGGGAGGAGAUUGUGAAACGAACGAAAAUUUGUAUAACAUCAACCUAUACAAAGUAAUUGAACCAAAAUGUUAAGACUUCCCGUGAUAAGAUUAUCUACGGGAUUACAGAAUGGUAGAGUUUCUACUGCAGGAUUACAUACAUCACUUAAGCUGCAACAGGAAUUAAUAGAAGUAUUCAUAGAUGACAAACCAGUUCAGGUCCCACCAGGAACAACUGUUUUACAAGCAGCUGCAAAAGUGGGAGUGGAAAUUCCUAGAUUUUGUUAUCAUGAACGUUUAGCUGUAGCAGGAAAUUGUAGAAUGUGUCUUGUGGAAAUUGAAAAGCAAGUUAAGCCUGUUGCAGCUUGUGCGAUGCCAGUAAUGAAAGGAUGGAGAGUGAAAACUAAUUCUGAUUUAACUCGUAAAGCUCGAGAAGGUGUAAUGGAAUUUUUAUUGGUAAAUCACCCUUUAGAUUGUCCUAUUUGUGAUCAAGGUGGAGAAUGUGAUUUGCAAGAUCAGAGUAUGGCAUUUGGUAGUGAUCGAAGCAGAUUUGUUGACAUUAAUUAUAGUGGUAAAAGAGCAGUAGAAGACAAGGAUAUUGGUCCUCUAAUAAAAACUAUUAUGACCCGUUGUAUACAUUGUACAAGAUGUAUUCGUUUUGCAUCUGAAGUGGCUGGUAUUGAUGACUUAGGGACUACAGGUCGUGGAAAUGAUAUGCAAGUAGGAACAUAUGUAGAAAAGAUGUUUCUGUCUGAGCUAUCUGGUAACAUUAUAGAUUUGUGUCCUGUUGGAGCAUUAACAAGUAAGCCAUAUGCUUUCGUUGCCCGUCCAUGGGAGACACGUCGUACAGAUAGUAUCGACGUCCUUGAUGCUGUUGGUAGUAAUAUAGUAAUAUCACAUAGAACGGGUGAAGUUUUGAGAAUCUUACCAAGAGUGAAUGAGGAAAUAAAUGAAGAGUGGUUAUCAGAUAAAUCACGUUUCUCUUAUGAUGGACUAAAGCGUCAGAGGCUUAUUACUCCUAUGAUGAAAAUUAAUGAAAAAUUAGAAGCUGUUGAAUGGGAAGAUGCUCUUGCAACAACUGCUAAAGCUAUCCAGAAUAUAAUUCCAAACAAAUGUGCUGCAAUUGUUGGAAAACUAGUUGAUGCUGAAGCUCUUGUGGCUCUGAAAGAUUUAGUGAAUAGGCUGGGUGGUGAAACUCUUGCAACAGAACAAAGUUUUCCAAAACACGGUGCAGGUAUUGAUAUAAGGAGUAAUUAUCUACUAAACAACACAAUUGCUAGGAUAGAAGAGGCUGACAUGGUAUUAUUAGUUGGUACUAAUCCAAGGUAUGAAGCACCAUUGGUGAAUACGCGUUUAAGGAAAGGAUAUAUUCACAGUGAACAGAUUAUUGCUCUAAUUGGUCCAAAUAUAGACUUAACUUAUGAUUAUGAGCAUUUAGGUCAAUCUCCAGAUAUUAUAACACAAUUAAGAAAUGGUACUCAUUCAUUUUCGAACACUUUGAAGUCUGCUAAAAAGCCUUUAAUUAUUUUGGGCAUUGAGCAAUUAACUAGGAAAGAUGGAGCAAAAGUUUUAGCUGAAACGCAAUUAUUGGCUCAAGUCCUGGGAGAAAACACAAAAACUUCUGAAGAGUGGAAGAUAUUAAACAUUCUUCAUACAAAUGCAUCUCAAGUGGCAGCUUUGGAUGUGGGUUACAUGUCAUCUGUUGAAGAAGUUAAAGAGCAACAACCAAAAGUUCUCUUCUUAUUAGGAGCUGAUGAUACAAAUAUUAGAAAAGAAGAUUUUCCCGAUACUUUUGUUGUAUAUAUAGGUAGCCACGGUGACGAAGGAGCUUCAAUCGCAGAUGUUAUACUUCCUGGAGCUGCAUAUACUGAAAAAGUUGCAACAUUUGUAAAUAUGGAAGGUCGUGCUCAACAAACUUGCGCUGCAAUUACACCACCGGGUAUGGCGCGACCAGAUUGGAAAAUUAUUCGAGCACUUUCCGAAAUUUGCGGAGUUUGUUUGCCAUAUGACAAUUUGUCCGAAAUAAGGUCUAGAUUAGAAGAAAUUGCACCACAUUUAGUUAGGUAUGGCAUUGUGGAAUCAUCUAAUUAUUUUCCCCAGGCAUUGGAGUUAUCAAAGGAGAUGGUAGGCUCUUUGUCUUCAAAUCCACUUGAAGUAAAGCAAAAAACGUUGGAUCACUUUUUCAUGACAGACGUGAUAUCUCGUGCUUCACAAACAAUGGCAAAAUGUAUACAAGCAGUUAUUAAACAGCGGGAAAGUACUUUAUAAACAUUUAAAUUAUAAAUAUAAAUAGUAAAUUGUAUUACAGUAGUUAUGUAAUAAUAUAUAAGAAUACAUUGAAAGUAUGGUACUUUUAUUAAAGAUAUAUCAAUACUAUUUAAUUUAACAGAAUAUACAAAUUUAAUAAAA